GCCCCCUCCACGAUAAACCCUUUUUGGUAUAUUGUGGAAAGGGCAACCCCUUUUGGUUUUUUUUUUGGCAAAUUUAUGCCAUUUAGGCUCUUAAUAUUUGAGAAGAUGAAGGAUUUUUAGUUCGCUUUUCAACGACUUCCGGUGCCUCUCUCUUGGCUGCAACCAUAUUGCUUCUGUUUCACAAAUAUGGUAAAGCCCAAAGUGACAAUGACCCUUGUAUUCGAGCCUAAAAAGAUAGUUGUGUACGCUGAGGGAGGAGAAGAAUGUGCUGCUUUCUUUCAUUGCAUUCUUGAGACGCCAGUACGCAGUGUCAUUGAGAAGCUUCAGAAACUUGAUAUUACUGGCGUUCAAAAAGCACGCGGCAUCAAUGGAGAAUUGCUUAAGGAGAGUGGCACUUAUAUUAUCCGUAAUGACUUGUCUGUGAAGCCGCUGACCACUUCCAGGAUCCAGGCUGAGCGCAAAAAAUUCAAAAUCAAGGAUGGGGAGGUUCUGAAAGAAAAAGCUGUCACACUGGGAAUGGAUGAGGCGAGGAAGCUGCUGAAGACUUUUCUGGACUCCAAGGAGGGUGUCUUGACCAGUGUCUUCAAGGACAUCAUAAAUAGAUAAAUGCCUUUGUGCUCAUUUUGCUAUGCAGACUUGUGAAUGGGACUUUCCUAUCUUUUGCUCUAGUCUACUAAAUUAAUAAAUGUCUUUGUGCUCUUUUGCUAUGCAGACUUGUUUUGUUUGUCCACC